AGUACCGUUCCGCUUCUGCCUCACACUCCUUUACUUUUGAUCACAUCUUUCCGUUCCAACGUGAGUCUCUUUCGUCACACCACGAAAUUCUCCAACCCCGAGUCAAAGAGCGCGUGUCACACUUGUUCCUAUUUUCUCACAUACCAGAUCUCUUUCUCUUUUUCUCUCUCUCUCUCUCUCUCUCUCUCUCUCUCUCUCAGAGGCAUUUAUACAUGCUUUUCAAAUUCAAAAGUUUGAACACCUUUCUCAGCUGCGUGUAGUCAACGGAUCGAGACGCACAUGCUUUGCAGUCGCAGCAUGCCGGCAUCGAAUCGACGAUCUUUGAAGAUAUGAACAGGGUCCAUGAUUCGUCUCUUUGGAGCUAGCUCUUUUUAUUGAGAAUUGCAUGCACACGGCAAUUGCAACGACUGAUCGCGGUGAUCACUGUUAAUGUAUAUCUAUGUCCCCCGACAUAGUGUUCAAUCCAAAAUAUUUCCGCUUCAUUGCAGCCUCCAUUGCCGCUGGAAACUCUCCGAACCUCUUCUACGGCAAGGUGAAUUGCACCAAAAAUGGCUAUGGCCACAAGCAGCACUCUCAGCCUUUGUGUGCAAAUGCCGCCCUGUCUUGUGGAUCCUACGCUCGCCAAGAGUCGAUCCUUUCGGUCCAGCGCCACGCCAGAUAGCGUUACAACGAAAACCGGUACCAACGCAGGAAAUGCAGUUCGAAUCUUCGCAAUUCUCCUGCCUUCCGUCCCGGGUGACAAUUGUCGCUAUGGUGGUGGUAGCCAAACUACUUUCACGGGUUCUAUGAUGGAUUUGGGACAAUUGACAGCCGGUCUAUUUGGCAAAACAAAUGCAGCGACAUUGCUCCAGUCUGAGCACAGCGUCUCUGCUGAACCAUCUUUGUUUGAGGAGGACACUGCAGUACUACAACCACAUCAAGCUGAUACCAUCAAAAAUCUGGUCUCUAAUAUCAAGCAGUCCCUUGCCUGCUUAACCAAGACUGAAGGGGAAGUGAGUGUGUCUGCAUACGACACGGCUUUUUGUGCCCGCAUCCCUGCGGUGGAUGACCCCAAGAAGCCUCAGUUUCCCCAGUCACUAGCAUGGAUAGUUGCUAAUCAGCACCAGGAUGGAUCCUGGGGAGAUGACCUGAAAGACUGGGUCUAUGACAGGAUGAAUCAGACUCUCGCCUGUGUCGUGGCUAUGAGAUCUUGGAACUAUUGUAACGACUGUGUGCAGAGAGGUGUGGACUAUCUCCAGAGAAACGCCGACAAGCUAGCGGCCGAAGAAAUGGAGAGAAUGCCCAUCGGUUUUGAGCUUGCAUUUACAGCCAUGUUAGCCGAAGCUCGCACUCUUGGGCUUGAUCUCCCUUACGAUACACCAUUCUUCGAUUUGUUGGAGAAGAAGCGCAGGAAGAAAUUGGAGAGGGUGCCACUAGAGCUCUUACAUUCUACGCCCACAACUAUGUUGCACAGUCUAGAGGGCAUUCAGAGUCUGGAUAUAGACUGGAAAAGACUCUUGAAGUUCCAGUCAGAUGAUGGUUCUAUUUGCUGUUCACCUUCUUCUACGGCAGUUCUGUAUAUGCACACGCGAGAUGAGCAAUGCCUUUCGUUUCUGAAGAAGGCCUUAGCUAAAUUCGACCAUGCAGUUCCAACUGUGUACCCGCUUGACAUCUUUCACAACCUUUGGGUUGUUGAUACGCUUGAAAGGCUUGGCAUCUCUCGCUACUUCAGUGACGAGAUUGAGAAUGUUCUGGCAGCUGUUUACAAACAUUGGAGCGACGAGCAAGGGAUCUGCUGGGCGAGCGUUCUUAAAGAUGUUCCUGAUCUGGAUGAUUCAUCCAUGGCCUUCAGACUGCUCCGUCAGCAUGGUUACAAGGUUUCUGCUGAUGCAUUUAAGGUCUUUCACAAAGACAGCGCCUUCGCAUGCUUCGCCGUUGGACAGAUGGUACAAGGUGUCAGCGAUAUGUUCAACCUGUAUCGAGCAUCGCAAUUGAGCUAUCCUGGGGAGACAAGACUUGACGAAGCCUUAGCUUUCAGCCAACAGUUUUUGACAGAUACGCUUACCAGCAACAAAGGAAAUGCGGAUAAGUGGUCACUGAAGAAAGACCUUGCCGGAGAGAUUCAGUACUCCCUCAAGUAUCCAGAGUCUAAAAACCUGGAGCGUCUCGAAGUGAGGGAAUAUGUGGAUAAAUAUGGACCAGAAGACGCCUGGAUUGGAAAGACCAUUUACAGGCUUCCUUUGGUUAACAACCCCGAUUAUUUAGCACUUGCUAAAGCAGACUUCAACCUUUGCUUAGCAAUACAUCAGAGGGAGCUUCGGCAUAUCCUCAGGUGGAUCAGUAAUUCUGGAUUAUCGGACAGCCGGAGUGUGAGGGAGAGAAUUGUAAUGUUUUACGUCAUGUUUUCCGCGGAGGCUUGGGAGCCUGAGCUGUCAGCACAUAGGAUCGCCGCAUCCAAGUGCUUGUUCAUAGUCCUGGCCCUUCAUCAGCUCUUCAACAAUCAGUCCACACUCACAGAUCUGCGACUAUUUCUGAAGGUCAUACAAAGGUGGGACGCAAGCUUGGUGUUGGAUUUGCCCGAGAGCUUUCAAGCAUGUUACAACCUACUCCACAACACCCUGCAGGAUGCUAUGUUAGAUCUAGGCCAUGAAGACCUGACUCAGCACUUCGUCGAUAUCUGGGGAGGACUGGUGGAAUCUUUCCUGAUUGAAGCUGAGUGGAGAGAAAUUGGCACAGUUCCAGCUAUGGAUGAAUACUGGAAUGUUGCAACUACCACGAUAGCUUUAAAAGCAACAGUAUGGUCAUCUAUGCUUAUAAGCGGGGAGGUGGACUCUGAGGAGAUCACCGCAUGGAUCAAAAAAGAUUGUAAAUUUUUACGACGAGCCUCUGAAGCUAUUCGAUUGGCCCAAGGUUUUGCAGACUACAAGGAAACCAACGACAUAGGAAAUCAUAUAUCCAUGUUCAAAUGUUAUUUGAACGAGAAUGAAGAAUUGACAGUUGAGGAUGCAGUUGAGCACUUUGAGACAAUGCGAGAGCAAGUCCAGAAAGAGCUUUGCAUGUACAGGGAUGAAGAGAAAAGUCUAUCCCAAGAGUGUAGAAAAGUGAUAAUGAGUUUCACCAAAGUGGCCAACUUCUAUUAUGAUGGAGAAUAUGUAAAAGAAUGCAAUCAUGGCCUUCAGAGACUGAUGGUCAGCCUUGUAGAUUAGCUUUUAGAAAGUUGUAAUAUUAUCCAUUCUUUACAAGGUCCUCAAGGCAAUUUUCUAGGGACCGAUUGUCAUUGGUGAUUACCUGUUCAUAAAACUUAGCGGGGAAGCUCUGCAUUAGGGCGAUUUUGAGAUCCCCAACAACAAUGACAAUCAACUGUACCAUUAGAAAUGUGACAGAUGACAAGUGAAGCAUCAAUUUCACUUCCCUUUUCGAAAAUAGCUGUGUAUAGAUUGAAUCUCCUUGUGAUUAUCAUGAAGAAGGGAUUUUUUGUU